AUGAUAAGAUUUCAAUUAGAAUUUGGACAAGAACUUGUCCCAAUAAUUAAUGCAAUGAAGAUGAAAAAUACCCAUGGCAUGGUAAGAUUAUUUUCUACUUUGAAUAAUAGGACUUUCCAAUCCCAUCGUACUGCGACAAAUGGCAACAUAGUUGGUUCCAAUUCAAAAACAGAUCCAUUAAGGAAAAAAAGAAGUUAUUAUAGUUAUCAUCAUCCACCAAACACGGUCCCAUCCUCUUCUUCUUCUUCUUCCUCCUCUACGAAAAGACGAACCAUAUCAUCGCCAACCUCUACAUCGGCGUCUCCGCCUCCGUCGUCAUCUUCUUCUUCACCAACUCACACAACGAUAUCAUCAUUAGCACCUUGUAUUUUACAAAAUAAUAUAUUCAGAACCAUGCCCAAAGUCCCCAUGACUAAAUAUUUAGAAACCAAGGAAUUAAGUCAGGACAUGUUAUAUAGUGGAUAUAGACCCAUAAUGUAUCCGGUGAAGGAAAAUCCAUUAUUCAGGCUAACAUUAAAGAAGAACUCCUCGUCAUCAUUCCCAUUCUCAACCACUUCUUCUUCUUCUUCUGAAAAGAAGAAACCACAACAAGAACAAAUGAAGAAACAUUAUGAUGAUGAAUAUGGUGGUAUAAUGACAGGUGGGAUUAAUGGUACAUGGAGAUAUUCACCACGGAUACCAAAUAAUUUAUUACCGAAUAAGAUUUGGUCCAUGUCAAUUAUGGGGAUGGAAUAUUAUCCUGAAUGGAAAGGUGUUCCAUUUAAUAUAGUUAAGAAUUUGAAACCAUUUGAUAAAUCUAGAGGAACGGUGGAAGUUAUGAAGAAACCAUUGAAGUGA